AUGACGCGCCUAUUCACAUCCUUCUCGGAAGAAGAUAACUGGCAUUUGGCAUAUGCCCAACGUCUAACACAGAAUUCCCGAGAACCUUUGCAAUUUAGCAGCACAUCUGAUAUGGAAACUUUCUCUGCUCAGUUCCUCGAUCAGAAAUUCCGAUGGGAAAGUCUAGGUAUCUUCCUCUCGGCUGUGAGCCGAGCAGCGAUCGAUAUAUCAUUCUUCCCGCCAUUGUUCAAAACCGAAAAGGAUCAGUUCGUGCUUCGGAAGCUAUCUACAAAAUUGAGUGACCUUGCGUUAGACAUUGCACUGUCGCUGGACUGCUUAAAUGACCUACAACUGGUUUUACAGUAUGAGAACUUUAUUGUACACACUCAUGUUGAUGGGGACCAAAGCUACCAUUCAUGGAGUAGACUUGGAGAUGUUGUGUCGUCCAUGUUUGCACUUGGCUACCAUGAGAAUGUUGAAAAGACAAAGCCACCAAUCCCGACUUUUCUUGCUGAAUUACGAAAGACAGCUUGGGCCACCACAUACUCGGCGGACAAGAAUGUGGCUAUAUUCCUUGGUCGCCCACCUCGGAUGAGCAAGCGGUUCUGUCACUUUCAAGUACCUUUGACUCCGGCAAGCUCGGAUCAGGUUUGGAACACGUCACACGUUGAGGACGAGGUCGUCAGAUGGAAAGCAGACACGCCGAUCUGUUAUAGGUCAGGUAUUCGGUGGGCGACCCUUUGUUCCGCCUUGAAAGAGGAUAUCCUCGAACUGCUCCGGUCAAAGCAGCGCGAGAAUUUCAAUCGGAAAUCUAGUAUCAUCCGACAAAAAGCUGAAACUCAAUGGGCAAACCUACCUCCUCGCUUCCGACUUUCGGGCACUUUGAAAGAAUGCACUGGGGACGCGUUCGAACGUGACCUUCUAGCUAGCAUACGCCUAGACCAACUACAUGUUCUCUUUCUACUUCAGUUAGCGUUUCUCGAUACCCUAACCGAGCCCGAUCCAUCUAUACUCGACAUCUCGGACCAAAUGCUCUCCCUCGUAGUGGACACAAUUCUUCUACGAGAUCAACUGAUUAACUCUGGAACAGGACUUGUCUGGAAGAUCGCUCACUUUGGCCUCCCGGCUGCAGGGAUUAUCCUCCUUUCAAUGUUGAAGCAACACCGCACAUUAACCGAAGGAAAAUCCUCAUGGUCCAAAACAAUACUCAAUCUCGGUAUCUUUGUCGCGCAGGUUCAGGUAGGGAGCAUCGUUCGUCGUGGAGAUCCAAACUACGCCUUGAUAUCCAAAGCGACACAGACUAUCGAGCGCUUCCUUGAUUCUAUACACCGUGAAGGGAUACAAUCCCCGACCCAAUUGCCGUCGCACCCUGGAGAAAAUGGUGAUUGGGCUGCAUUUUUCAGCCAGGAUCUGUGUGAUUUCGAGACUGACUUUUGGGAGAACCUCGCAUACCAUCCUUCUUUGCUAGCUACGGACCAUAGUUUGCCUCCAAUAUUGUAG